AUGAAGUCCAUAAGCGAUUCUCUUUUUUCUUCAUUAGAAGAAUUUUAUGAAGUAGGUGCAGAGAAUAGUAGCUUAUGCGACGAGAAAGAGGUCGUGAAACUUCAAACUGAAAUCCUCAAAGGAUCAAAACAGAUUGAAGAUUUUAUAAUGAACUCCAAAUCGACAUCCUCGGAUCAGCAUAUGAAAGCAUUACGCUAUUUGUUCUCUUUAUUUAAAGCAGAACUCUCAAUUUCUUUAUCAAUCAGAAAAUCUCUAACAAUCGAACGCUCUAAAUAUGAUCAUUUAACAGACGAUAUUAAUAAAUUUAUGAAUUUUCUUAGCAGUUUAAGCAAAGAAGAAAUUAACGAUUUUAAUUCAGCGCAUUCUUUAGUAAAAUCAUUAUACAAAAGCGUGAAAACGCAAAAGGAAAUGAAAAAGAUAAUGAAAAACCAAAUUAGCGAGAUCGACAAACUAAAAGAACAAUUAACUACUUCGGAUGCUGCCAUUCAAAUGCAAAUAGCGCAAGAGAAAUCACGUGCUGAUAGACUACAACAAACAAAUGAUAUGCUCAAUCAGAAAUUAUUAACUUUAUCAAAAGAAAAAACUGAAAAAGUUAAAAAAUCAGAGAAUUUUACAAAAGAAAAAGAUAAACUUGUAGGAGAAAUUGCAAGACUUACAUCAGAAAUUACAAUCUUAAAAUCAAAUACGUCAACAGUUGAAAAACAAAAAGAAAAUUUGGAACAAAACUUUACUCAACAAGAAAAUGAGAUUGAAACGCUUAAAACCGAAUUAAAUUCAAUCAAAAAGGACAAAUUAUUACUAAACGAUAAAUUGGCUGAAGCUCAAAUUUCAAUCGAAUCAUUGAACGGCAAAAACUCAAAACAAACAGAAGAAAUUGCUAAACUUACAGAGGAAUUAUCAUCCUUAACAGAUUCUAAUAGAUCUACAGUAAAUGAUUCCAAGAAUUUGAAAUCAGAAUUUGAUCUUAAAAUUCAAUUCUGGAAUACAAAAGAGGAACAAUAUAAAAGUGAGAUAUCAGAUUAUAAAACACAACUGAGUGCCAAACAGGCUGAAAUUAAGACUUUAAAGCAAGAAAAUAACUCAAUUUCACACCAGUUUGAAGAUCAGAAAGCAAUUAUUGAUAAACAGUCCAGAAAAAUUGUUGAUAAUGAGCAAAUGAUCCAAGAUUUAAGACAAAUAAUAAAUGAUCAAAAUUCUAAAAUUGAAGAAAUGAAAGCAUCAAAUGAUGAUCUCAAUCAACAACUAAAGCAGCAAAAGGCCACAGAGUUUAGUGAAGGAGAUUACAAAGAAGUAAUUAAGAAAGCUUAUAAUGAUCAAAAGAAAGCACAAAAGAAACUCAAGGCAAUGCAAAUACAGUAUGAAGAGUUGUUGAGUAAGUCAGCGUCACAAUAUGAAGAAAUCAGAAAAUCUCAUUUCUUGGAAAUUCAAAAAUUAAAAGAUGAAAAUGACAAGAAAUACAGCGAAAUGAAAUCAGAGUAUGAGAAACGCGAAGAAUCCAUAAGGAACUCACUUCAGGAUAAUGUUACAACUCAAAUUGCUCAAAAAGAAUUAAUUGAACGAGAAUUAAAAUAUCAGAUUGAUGAAUUAUACAGUGAAAACAAAGCUCUGAGAGAGCAAGUACGAAAACUAUCAUAUUCCCUUGAAAAGGAAGAAGAAGAACUAGCACAACUCAAAAUGAAUAAUGGAAUUAAGGAAACAAUUAAUUCCGACAGCUAA